CCGGUCGGGGCGACCUCAAAGUUUCAAACCAUCGAAACCUAGCACGUACGCGCACCGUCGUUUGCUUGGAUCGAGAAGCGAUGGAAUACUACGAUUACGCAGAUGAAAACGAGCCAGCGUGGGUUGGGAUGAAGAGAGGCCACGAGCGGUCCGACCGCAAGCUCGACGCCGCGUCGACGGAGAAGCGCCACAAGUGCGACGACGGUAGCUGGAAGGCCGUCGCCGCAUAUGCACCGGUGGCGGGGACGAAGCGAGCCUACGAGCGAUCCGAGGAGUUUGACUUGUCGACAGAUAAAAGGUACAGGUGCAACUACUGGGAGGACCCUGCUAGCGCGCUGAUCCUGGAGCUCCGCGGGGGAAGGAAAUCCAGCGGCGCCGCUCGCAACAAUAUGAUUUGGCGCACCAUCAAGGAGAUCGACGACUGGUGCGACGAGCUUCAGGCGGCGCGAGAAAGCAAGAUGUAAUUUGAUUCUAGUAUCUUUUCUCUUCUGUCUUUCUUUGACGCGCGUGGAGUACUUUACUACUUCACGAAAUAAAUGUAAAACGUUCCAGGUUUUAGAUAUGUAUAAGAGGGGUAUCAGGUCACUAGUAUAUUUGUUUAUAGAGGGUGUUUGUGCUUGUGCUUGACACACUACCGUACAUGAAUUCCGGGUUGGAUGUAUUUUUCAAUUUCUGUAAGAACAGUUUUGUGAGGGUAUGUGCUACUUAA